AUGGAGAGCAUUGUUGCUGUUUCUACUGUUUUAUAUUGGACGAAUUUCACUUGGUUUAAUCAACCAACGGUAUGGUCUGUUAAUGAAACUAAACUUUAUGUUCAUACCGAUCCUGAUACUGAUUUUUGGAGUAAGACACACUAUGGUUUCGAACGUGAUACUGGUCAUUUCUAUUAUCGAUCAUUGACUGGUGAUCGAUCUUUCACAGUAGAAGUCAAUAUCCGAGGACAAUACCAUACGCUAUACGACCAAGGUGGUUUAAUGUUACGUAUUGAUAAGAACAAUUGGAUCAAAUGCGGAAUAGAAUAUGUUGAAGGUCAACACUAUGCUAGUGCUGUUGUAACUGUCAACGGUUGGUCGGAUUGGAGUGUUGUUGCAAUUAAUCCAGUUGAUAUUUUGAAAUUACGUGUUAGACGAGAAAAGGAAGCUGUACAUAUUGACUUUGCCGAAGGUGAACAAGGAGAUUUUAAAAUGUUGAGAUUAGCAUAUUUACCGGUGAUAGAUCGAUCACAAGCCAUGAUGGUUGGAAUUAUUCCAGUGCAACGUUUUGCCCUAGUUUCAAGUAUAAUAUUAGCGAUUAUUUAUGUUGGGUCAGCAAUAGCAAAACUUGUAGUAUAUUCGAAAUGCAGCGAUGAAGAAUGUCCUAUUGAAACGAAACUUAAUACUUAUUUACUUUAUGGUGGAAUUGUUGAUAUUGCAUGGAUAGGUCUUUCAAUAAUCGCACCAUGUUGUGGAUUCAGUCCUACAACUUAUCUUGUGACAAGAAAAACAAAACUUAAUGGUACAACAAUAAAGAAAAAAGUCACCGAAGAAGAACAUGGAGGUUAUGGUACUUAUCUAGUACUUGCAGCACUCGGAUGUUUAUUAGCAAGUUUUAUAUUUGCAUGUUUGGGAAAUGUCUGGAUUUUGAAUAAAUAUCAACAUGUAGAAUUUUAUAAUGCAACAUCUUCGGAAUAUUGUUAUCCACCCUUAUUUAAAGGUGCUUUUAGCAUGGUAAUUAUUACCGAUGUUUGGUAUGCUUUUUUAACUUUCAUGAUCAUUAUUCUUUGUUAUUUUAAAUAA